UUAUUUACUCUCCCUACCCCUUUGCCGCUACUGGCCUACGGUCGAUCUUCUCUCUCCUUUUUGCCAUUCAUGCAAAGUAAUGGAACGGAUUCCGAGGAGCUUUUCAGCACUUUUGGGCUUUAGAUUGCUCCGCCUCACAACAGUCAUUUCAGUCGCCGGUGGAUGAUCGCUGCCGGUUGUGCUCUGGUUGUGUUUAAUCAGAAGUCGAACAGUGAAAAUCAUCUACCAUAAUGAUGACGAUGACCUUGCUUUUCGUGUCCUUUUCCAAUUUUUGCUGAAUCUCUAUACUCUAAUUAUUUUUGUUGGUGGAGAUUGUUGAAGCGGCUCUCAGCUGUUGGGUGAUAAAGGAUGGUCAAAACUAAAAGGCGUUUAUAUGAAUUCAAGCAUCCAUUCAAUGAUUAUCCAUUCGAGGCAAUGUGCUGUGGGUCUUGGCAAGCUGUGGAGAGAAUAAGAAUUAGUAAUGGUACAAUAACCCUUCAUUUAGUAAAUGAUCAGUUUAUGAUUUUGGAAAGAGGUCCCUACUCAGAUUUUCGGGUUAGGUCGAGACAGGCAACUUCAUCCGACUGCACCUGUUUUCUACGACCCGGUGUUGAUGUUUGUGUUCUCUCUCCCUCUCACAGCAUGGAGAACUUGGACGUGCGAGGUUCAGACCCGGUGUUGAUUGAUGCUAAAAUAAGCUCAAUUGAACGGCGACCUCAUGAAGCUGGGUGUUCGUGCCAGUUUUACGUCCAAUUAUAUGCUGAUCUAAAACCCCUUGGUUCAGAGAAAGGAUCACUCUGUAAAGAAAUUGUAGAAAUGGGAAUUGAUCAGAUAUCCAUACUCCAAAGGGUUAGAAAGAACUUCUGUGAAGGUCAACACUACCGAUGGGAUUUCUCUGAGGACUGCUCUCUGUUGCCAAAAACCAAACUACUUUUGGGAAAAUUUCUUUCUGAUCUUUCUUGGUUAGUAAUUACAUCGGCAUUGAAACAUGUCACUUUUGAUGUAAGAUCAUUGGAUAACAAGAUCUUGUAUCAAGUUUUGGAGAGCAACCAAAAAAGCACGCCGAUAGCUUCUGACAAGAUUUUGUAUACUGUAAACUUUAGAGAUGAUGAUGGUAUGUUUAUUCCAAUAAUACAUCAGCUAGAUUCCUCUGAUAAGAUUGAGAUGUCUCCUGCAGAGGAUGCAUUUGACAAUCAACUGCAUUCCGUUACCGAUCUUAUGGACUUGAGGCGUUCAAAACGGCGCAAUGUUCAACCUGAUCGUUUUCUUGGCUGUGAUAGUAUCAACGAAUCAGAAAUUGACUACAGUGGUACCAGGAUAUAUAAAACUGAGCAAUUGAAUGAUGAUGAGAUGACAUUACCACUUGCUUGCCUGUUUGGCAUGCCUGCAGGCUCUUCAAAAGUAAAGAUUGAAAAUGAAAGCAACAACCAUUCCAAUAAAUUGAGUGUACGUGACGACCUCUCUGUUUUCAAGAGCAGAAUCAAGUCCUUGGAAAUGAAAUCAGGAAUGAGUGACGAAGUAGAAGAUAAAAAUCAACUUGCUAUAGUGCCUUUACUUGAUGAACAGCCAAUAGCAUCUGAUCCAUAUCCUGAUGUUGCCAACAGUUGCGGUAAUUAUACAAAACAGAUAACUGAAAUGUCAGCCACAUAUUAUUAUAUUAACAACAAACGCAAAAUCCGAAAAAGAAAGUUUUCGGACUAUGAAGAUGUGGACUUUGAGAAUGAUAGCUGUAGGGGAAAAGCUUCGAGAAGUAAAGCUAGGAGGAUGGGUUAUCAUUCCAUAAGUUAUAAUAAAGAGGAUGGUCAGCCCAAAGAAAGACCAUGGCAGAAAAGGUCCUUGAGUGCAGGUGCAUACAAGGAUUUGAUUAAUUCAUUCUUGAAGAAUAUCGAUUCAACAAUUAAAAAAGAGGAGCCACAAAUAAUUGAUCAGUGGAAAGAGUUUAAGAACAAAAGCUGCUUGGAUAAGAAGAUCGAGAUGGAAAUGCCCUCUAAUGAGAAUGAGGAAGAAAGCUCUGAGAUUGAAAUGUUGUGGAGAGAAAUGGAAAUAUCCCUUGCCUCUAGUUACCUUAUUGAGGCCAACCAGGGUUUUAGUAAUGGAACAUCAGUGGAGCCUGAACAGAAAGUAGGCAAAUGGUGCCGGCAUGAGUUCAAGUUGAAUGAAGAGAUUGGGAUGCUCUGCCAUAUAUGUGGUUUUGUGAGCACUGAAAUUAAAGAUAUAUCAGCACCAUUUAUGCAACACAUAAGCUGGAGUACAGAAGAGCGGCGUAAUGAAGAAAAAGAUUCAGAGCACAAUACCGACGAAGAGGAGAUGAAUAUUUUCUCUGGCCUUCCUUCUUCUGAUGAUACCUUAUCAGAAGAAAAUGACAACGUCUGGGCCUUGAUCCCUGAAUUCAGAAAUAAAUUACAUCUCCACCAGAAAAAAGCAUUCGAGUUCCUGUGGAAAAAUAUUGCUGGUUCUAUGGUUCCAGCUCUCAUGGAUCAAGCAUCUCGUAAAAUAGGUGGUUGUGUGAUAUCCCAUACACCGGGAGCUGGAAAAACCUUUUUGAUCAUCUCAUUCCUUGUUAGUUACUUGAAACUGUUCCCAGGGAAAAGGCCCCUUGUCCUUGCUCCAAAGACAACUCUAUAUACAUGGUACAAGGAAUUUAUUAAGUGGGAAGUUCCUGUACCGAUUCAUCUAAUACAUGGUCGUAGAACCUACCGAGUUUUCCGGGCAAACUCAAAACCAGUGACCUUUGCAGGUCCAAGGCCUACAGAUGAUGUCAUGCACAUCUUGGAUUGCUUGGAAAAGAUAAAGAAGUGGCAUGCACAUCCAAGUGUUCUUGUUAUGGGAUAUACAUCAUUUCUUACAUUAAUGAGGGAAGAUGCAAAGUUUGCACACAGAAAGUACAUGGCCAAAGUUUUGCGCCAAAGUCCUGGUAUCUUAAUAUUGGACGAGGGGCAUAACCCCAGGAGUACCAAGUCCAGGCUGAGGAAAGUUUUGAUGAAAGUUGAAACGGACCUCAGAAUACUCCUCUCAGGUACAUUGUUUCAAAAUAAUUUCUGUGAAUAUUUCAAUACCCUUUGCUUGGCAAGACCAAAGUUUGUGAAUGAAGUGUUGAAGAAACUAGAUCCCAAAUUCAAGAGGAAGAAAAGAAAAGCUCCACAUUUGCAGGAAGCUCGGGCGAGGAAAUUCUUUCUAGAUAAGAUAGCUCGGAAAAUUGAUGCAGGUGAUGAAGAAGACAGGAGGGACGGUUUGAACAUGUUGAGAAAUAUGACAGGUGGGUUUAUUGAUGUUUAUGAAGGUGGCAGUAAGGAUGGCCUUCCUGGUUUACAAAUUUACACCUUACUAAUGAACACAACUGACAUACAGCAACAAAUUUUGAAUAAACUUCACAAAAUAAUGGCUCAAUUCCCUGGAUAUCCCCUUGAGUUAGAGCUCCUCAUAACCCUUGGUUCAAUACAUCCAUGGUUAGUAAAAACUGCAGUUUGUGCCAGCAAAUUUUUCACUGAUAGGGAACUGAUGGAGCUAGAUAGAUACAAAUUCAAUUUGAGGAAAGGAUCAAAAGUUAUGUUUGUUCUAAAUCUUGUGUAUCGUGUGGUCAAGAAGGAAAAAAUUCUGAUCUUCUGCCACAACAUUGCACCCGUCAAACUAUUCAUCGAGCUGUUCGAGAAUGUGUUUAGGUGGAAGAGAGGCCGAGAAAUCUUGGCCCUCACAGGGGACCUUGAGCUGUUUGAACGAGGAAAAGUGAUGGAUAAGUUUGAAGAUCCAGUGGGGCCAUCCAAAGUUCUUCUUGCUUCAAUCACUGCUUGUGCAGAAGGCAUUAGUUUGACAGCUGCUUCACGAGUCAUCUUAUUAGAUUCAGAGUGGAAUCCUUCAAAGACAAAACAGGCCAUUGCUCGAGCUUUUCGCCCUGGCCAGCUUAAAGUGGUUUAUGUCUAUCAACUACUAGUAACUGGCACACUAGAAGAAGAUAAGUACAAGAGAACUACAUGGAAGGAAUGGGUGUCAAGUAUGAUUUUCAGUGAGGCGUUUGUCGAGGAUCCUUCAAAAUGGCAAGCAGAAAAGAUUGAAGAUGACGUUUUGAGGGAGAUGGUGGAGGAAGAUCGAGUCAAAUCGUUUCAUAUGAUUAUGAAAAAUGAGAAGGCGUCUACUGUGAUCAGGGAAAAGGAUUAGCCUCUCAAUAUCAUGCUCAACCAGACAUAAAACUUGUACUAUCAACCUCGAGGUCAGAUGUUCGAUUCCUCCACUCCACAUAUCGUUAAAAAAAAGUCUUUGUUAGAAAGAAAAGUUAGGUUAAAAUAUUGUUUGGUCAAUUUAUUUUAAAAGAUGUUCUAAUUAAUCCAUGUAUUUCUGAGGUCUAAAUUCAGUCUAUGUACUUUCACUAAAUCUUACGACUAGUCUUGUCCUACCAUAACUUUGUUGUUGACUUUUCUAAGGUAAAAUCUCUAUUAGUGUUUUAUCUAUA